CUGGCGCCCGCCAGCCAUCUUUAACAUUGUGAUGUCUCAGUAUAUACACACGCGAGGGAAAUUCCGGGGCCUCGCGAUUGGAAGGAAGAAAGAGAGGGAGAGAAGGCGCGAUCGAGGGGACGAUCGAUCGCGAGAGUGAGAAGACCGCAUUAGAUCGUAGCGAGAUCAAUCGUUAGCGAAGACGGUGAUCUUACCUCGAGGCCGGAUCUAGGAUUGCGUGUUCUUCACUCCUUUCUUUUGCUUUCUUUGCCUUGAUUCUUCGCGAGGUUUCGAGAGCGAUGCAUGGCCUUCUUGCUUCCCUGGCCCUGCAUUGAUCGAUCCACCACUGGAGGGAGAUUUAUUUGCAUGUCGUAGCGCAGAUUUCUGGAAGAUCUUCCCAUGCCGGGUCCCAAGAUGAAGCAGCCGGAGCGUGAAUCGAUCAAGAACGUGUGCCCGAGGCGAGUUCGCGUUGUGUGCUGCGAUCCCGAUGCCACAGACUCGUCGUCGGGCGAGGAGGAUCACCAAGAACAGGGGAAGAAGGCGAUGCCACAUCCAGGCAGAGCACGAGUAGACAGCGAUCUUGUCGCCGCGACGACGGUGAUGAUCUCCUCGGAUAGCGAGGAGGAGAGGGAUCUGGCCAUGGUUCCCAGCUACAUUAGCGUCUUUCGAGCGCACGCCAUGGCCGAUCUCGAGGAGAAGACGCGAUAUUUCGUGCGGCCGGUGCCCAAGAUCGAGCCGGAUGCCGCCACGGACACCGAGGAGCAGGGAUAUUUCGCGGAGCCGGCCCCAGCGCCAGCAAAGAUCGCGAAGAAAUCCGUGAGGAGUAGCAGCAGCAAGAAGCGCAAGAUCGUGGAGAGGGACGAUGGCCCGCGGCCAAAGUACCGGGGCGUGAGGCAGAGGCCGUGGGGGAAAUGGGCGGCGGAGAUUCGCGAUUUCUCGCGGGGGAUUCGAGUGUGGCUGGGGACUUUCGACACUGCCGAGGCGGCGGCGGAGGCCUACGAUCGCGCGGCGCGGCGGAUGAAAGGGCCGAGCGCGCAGACCAAUUUUGGGCUGGAUGGGAGGAGGAUCGUGGAGCCGGGCAAGGUAGAGGAGCUCAAGCUCCGGCUCAAGGCAGCGGCGGAGCGCCCGGCGGCGGCGAUGGAGCUGGUGUGCCGCACGAAUCGGCAGGAGAUCGAUGGCAUCGACGCGAUAGCGAUCGAGCCAGCGAUCGAGCCAAACAGGAGAUUCGUGGAGGAGGAGAGAGAUUCGUGCUCGAGCAUGGGUGGCAGCGCAAUGACGAGGGUCGAGGCGAUCAAGAAGGAAGUAACUGAUGAGGACGAGGAGGAAGAUCUCUCCUCCUCGAGCUGGGAUUUGUUUAGCAGCAGAUCCCCGGUCUCGGUUCUUGCGAGCUCCGACCCUUUUGGAGGAGCUUUCUUUUCCGAGUCGAUCGAGGAGCUCCAGGGGAGCGAUUUGAGCGAUUUGAGCGAGCUGGCGAUGCGGCUGGAGCGUCAGCAAGGAGGCUUGGAUGAUUUUCCAAGCAUUUUUGAUGGAUCGUCGUUCCGGCUGGACGAUCCUCCGGUGGUGGGCGACAUGGAUGUGAAUCUGGGAGAGCUGGGCGAUGAGCUAGACGCGGGCUUUGUCCCGGAUUCCUUCGUGGCGAUGUUACUCGAAGAGCCUUCGUCUUCCACUACUUGAUAGAUAUUUUUUUUCUUUUCUGUGAAUAAGUAGCGAAAUUUAUUAUAGCCUUGAUUGAUAGCUCCUGGUCCGGAUUUUGUGAGAGAAGUUGUAAAUAAAUUGAUUGGAAAAAACAAGCAAAAACUUUUUAAUCU